UGUUUUGAAAUGAGGUCGCUGAUCUGCUGCUGCUCGUUGUUUCAGUCGGGUCAAAGUUUACUACACACGGAAGUGGCAUGUACUGUAGUCUCGUCUCGGGUUUGUCGAGUUUUGUUUUUUAUUUUAUUUUCUUUCUGCAGUCUUCACGGAUCUCCAUGAAUCAACACAACACGUUUGUUGGUUUGUUUUUCUUUUAGCAGGAGGGCUAACGGAUGUUAGCAGCUAACCUCUCCUGUCUGCAACAAUGACCACCAUCGUCCACGAUACUACAGAGGCGGUGUGCCUCUCCUCCGAGUACAACCUGUACCUGAAGCCCAUUGCCAAAAUGACCAUAAGUGUGGCUCUGCCGACGCUCAAGCUGCCAGGCAAGAGCAUUUCCAACUGGGAGGUAAUGGAGAGGGUGAAGGCCAUGGUCGCCCCGGAUCAGUUUUCAGCCCUGCGCAUCUCCAAGAGCACCAUGGACUUCAUCCGCUUUGAGGGCGAGGUGGAAAACAAGACGGUGGUGAAGGGCCUGCUGGCCCGUCUGGAUGGGAAGAGCAUCAAACUUAGUGGAUUUACGGACGUACUGAAGGUUCGUGCAGUAGAGAAUAAAGUGGACUUCCCUACACGUUACGACUGGGAUUCCUUCUUCCGCGACGCCAAGGACAUGAAUGAAACUCUGCCGGGAGAGAGGCCUGACACCAUCCACCUGGAGGGACUUCCCUGCCGCUGGUUCAGCCAGAAGGACAGUCCGUUUCCAGACCGGCCUUCUGAAGAAGUCCUCAUUGUUGUGUUCCAGACAUUUGGCAAGGUGCGAAAUGUUGACAUCCCCAUGCUGGACCCGUACCGGGAGGAGAUGAUGGACAAGAACUUCAACACAUUCAGUUUCGGCGGUCAUCUGAACUUUGAGGCUUAUGUCCAGUACCAGGAGUACUGCGGCUUCAGCAAGGCAAUGGACACUCUGCGUAGCAUGAAGCUGAUGCUCAAAGGAGAAGACGGAAAGGCAGUGGCCUGCAAUAUCAAGGUGACCUUUGACACCAGCAAGCACCUGAGCGAGUCGGCUCUGAAGAGGAGGAGUCUGGAGAGGCUGAAGUUACAGGAGCUGGAGCGGCAGAGAGAGGAGCAGAAACGACGCGAGAAGGAAGAGGAGGAGCGGCGCAAGGAGGAGGAGAGGAAACAGAAGGAGCAGGAAGAGGAGGAGAAGGAGCGGAAGAAGGAAGAGAGGCUGCGAAAGCGAGAGCAGAAGAUGCGGGAGAGGGAGGAGAGGAGGAACCUGAAGAGGGUGAGGCGGCAGCAGGAGGAGGAGCAGAAGAAGCUGCAGAUGAAGAUCGCCAUGGAGGAGAGGAGGCUGCUGCUGGCUCAGCGCAACCUGGAAUCGAUUCGGCUCAUUGCCGAGCUGCUGGCCAGAGCCAAGGCCCUGAAGCAGCAGCAGCAGGCGAAAGAGAGGGCAGAAAGGGAGGAACAGGAAAGGCAGGAGCAAUCUCGACAGAAGGAGGAACUCGCUCGUCUGCAGCAGCUAGAGGCCUGCCGACGCAAGCAGGAAGAGGAGCUCCGGAGGGUGGAGGUGGAGAAGGAGCGCGCACUGGAGCUCCAGCGCCGAGAGAAGGAACUAAGGGAGAAGCUGCUUUGCAACCUGUUGAAGAAGGGCAGCAGUAAAACACCAAGACCUCCAGGCAUGCAGGACCAGGCCGGGCCCGUAACGAGUGAGGAGGCCUCAGAUCCUGGUGGCAGUGAUGGGAUGUUGGGAAUUCUCGGCCGGGUGAACGGAGUCAAAGCAGUUGAGGGCAAAGAGAAGCAGGAGCACUCCCAAGUUUUGGGAAAAAACAGGGGAAGAGAGGACAGAAAGAAAGACCGGGAAGGAAGGAGAGAAGAGGUGGCGAGGAGCAGGCACAGCAGGGAGCGAGCAAGAGACCGCUCACACCGAGAGAGGAGCUCCUCAUAUAGCCGGGGGAGGAGGAGGCGCUCCCACAGCCACAGCAGGAGACAAAGGAGCUCCAGCCGCCGGAGGAGCUCUAGUCGUCAUAAGAGGAGCUGCAGACACCAUGGCGACAGGAGGCGCAGCCAUAGCCACUGCAGCAGGAGCACAAGCUCCAGCCAGGACAGGAGCCGGAGCAGCAGCGGGAGGAGUUACAGCAGAGGGAGGAGCCGCCGUAGUCACCGCAGAUACAGCAGAGGAAGUUCGAGGGGCAGCAAUAAAAGCAGAGGGCGGAGGAGUCACAGCCAUUACAGCCGAAGAUACAGGAGACACAGCAACAGUAGAGACAGGAGCCACUCCAGACGGCGAUGAUCUCAUCAAUACCAGUUUAUUGAUUGAUUCUAGAUUUACACCUGAAUAAAUCUAUGAGUAAAAGUAAAAUCACCUCCACAGAAUUAACUGUCCCGACAUAUGUAAGUGUACAUGUAUGUGUAAAGCAUGUAAGUUGUCACAGUUGAUUCAAAGGAGAUGAGUUUACCUUUUUAGUUUGUUUUUUUUUCUCCUCACAUUUCAUCGCUUUCGAUCGAAGCUGCUGACAACUAUUAAUCUGUCCGUAUACACAAUAUGUGUUUACAACAGUUUGAAGGCGUAAACCACUAAAUGUACUGUUUGGUUUCUGGAAUAUUGUCUUUGCUGUGUGUGAAAGACAUUUGAAAUACCUUAAAGCUCACUUGGAAUGACAGGAAUAAACAUAAUAGGGCAUUAAAAUGAUAACCAUUGAUACUCAUCAUGAUAGAAGUUAAGAACACUGGCAGAUAAAUUAAAAGCUAAACAGGCCCCACUGUAAUUGCAGAUUGACACGCCAGUCUAACUGGUCGAAAGCCUGUUCAUGACUUUGAUUUUCUGCAAGCGAGUUUUCUUUGUGCAUGAAUGACAGUGAGCGAUAGAAAGUGACAGAGAGCAAGUUGUGUUUA